UUAUCCCCUGACUGGAGAAAGGGCUGAUGCUGCGUUCAGGCUCCUUCAGGGUCUGAGCUGAUUGGUCAGCCUUGUGUAGGUUUGGUUUUUACCCCCCCCCCCCCCCCCAAGUGUCCUCUGGGUAUCAGCUGAUGAUGGUGGUCUGAACGUAGAGACCACAGGGAGACAGCCUGGCACAAAGUGUAAUCGCUGUAACACAAGGAGGCUCGAACGAGAGAGGAGCAGAGACGGACCAGAGCGAAGAAGACGAAGACGACGAAAAAGAAGCUGAUAUUUUUAAAUUCAAAAAUGUCUCGGAACAGAGAACUGGUGAUUUCCUACAUUAAAUAUAAACUCUCCCAGAGGAACUACCCUCUCAACCACAUGGGACUCGUAGAGGCCCCCAACAGGACUGAGGGGAAUGAGGCGGGGUCGGGGGAGGAGGAGCAGCAGCCGAGGGUAGCGACGCACGCCAAUGGGACGUUUAACGGCACGAGUCCCGGGACCCCGCCGGCAUCCCCGCUGAGGGAGCAGCGGUUGCCAUCGACGACGAGUCUGGAAGCGGUGAAAGAGGCGCUUAGGGACUCGGCCAACGAGUUCGAGCUGCGCUACGCCCGCGCCUUCAGCGACCUGCACAACCAGCUGCACAUCACACCGGCCACAGCCUACCAAAGCUUCGAGAACGUCAUGGACGAGGUGUUCCGGGACGGAGUCAACUGGGGGCGCAUCGUAGGGCUUUUUGCUUUCGGCGGGGCGCUGUGUGUCGAGUGCGUGGAGAAGGAGAUGAGCCCGCUGGUGGGCAGGAUCAUAGAGUGGAUGACGGUCUACCUGGACAACCACAUUGAGCCCUGGAUCCAGAGCCAAGGAGGAUGGGAACGCUUCGCUGAAAUCUUCGGGCAGGACGCGGCGGCGGAGAGCAGGCGGUCUCAGGAGAGCUUUAAGAAGUGGCUGCUGGCGGGGAUGACGCUGUUCACUGGGGUCGUGGUGGGGUCACUCAUCGCCCAGAAACGCCUGUGAGGAGGGAGGAGGGGGGGAUAACCAUUCCGAACGCUCCUCUGUCCCCGCCCGCCUCCUUCACUACCCCCCCCCCCCCCACCUCCCCUUCAACGCACACAACACAACCAUGGAAGUAAAACAUGAA